AUGCUUCCGAGGAGGGUCCCUCCGGCCUUCCAGUGGGCGCAGUCUCCUGUGGAAGUUUUUCUGAACAUUAAAUUCGCUUACCGAUGGAGCAGUCCAGGCGCUCUCUCCGUCGUCGAUCCGCUUUUUGCCAGCGACACUCAAUCCUUCGCGUUCAGUGGGGUCGGUACCCACUCUGGAAUCAAAAAAAAAUACAGUCUCAGCCUCGCUCUCUUCGACGAAAUCAUCCCUGAGGCCACCAGAUGGAGUUUCGCCUCCGUCGGGAAAGUUGUCGUUACCUUGCAAAAGAAAAAAAUGGGCGUGUGGGAUCGGCUGACAGAGGACAAGGCGAAGAUCUCCAACAUGAACGUGUGGUGGGAUAUGAAGGAGAAAGUCCAGCGGGACCUCGACGAUUUCCAGCGCGGAAAUUACACUUCGCGUUACCUGGCAACCGAGGGGAGCAACCGUCAGGCUGCAGGAGAAGUGAACGCCGAGGACGCAAAGGAGAAAAGCGACUCGACUCACGAGGAAUUGUAG